ACCCUUAGUCACCUGAUGUAAGCCGUCGGACUAAAAGACUAAAACCUAAAAUCCUAAAACCCUAACCGGAAAUCGCUUGCUUAUUCCACGAACACAGAAGGGUUUUCGUUUCUUGGCGGUGCAUCUGACAGCCGCGGGAUACCGGUUUCAAAGCCCUAAUCUUCAUUCAUCCCAACCGCCAUCGGCAAUCAGGUCCAAUUUGAAGUUCUUGCUGCUCUUUCUGCUUCUGCAAGUAGCAGCUGUAUCGGGCGAAGGUUUCUCAGCGCCAGCGUCUUUGUUGUUUCAGGUUCUAAUGGCUGCCAACAAUAGCCCUCUCCCCGCUGGUGUGACCAAAGAACAGGCCUUUGGCAUGGCGGAGACUGAGAUGGAAUACAGAGUGGAGUUGUUCAACAGGCUUUCACAGACCUGCUUCAGCAAGUGUGUUGACAAAAGGCAUGUUUCCUCUGGUUUACAUCUCUAUUUUUAUGGCAGUCGGUACAAGGAGUCUGAGCUGAACAUGGGCGAGAAUAGCUGCAUCGAUCGCUGCGUUUCAAAGUAUUGGCUGGUGAACGGUCUAGUAGGUCAGAUGCUAAGUGCUGGUGGUCAGCGUCCCAUGUGAAAUGCAGAGCUUAGCUUGAUUUCUCUGCGUCUUGGAAUGUUGCAAGGGUACCAAACCAUUUUGAGUCUGUUCACUAUGGGAACUAAUGUUACCAUGCCAAACAAUUCUGUGCUAAUUUCUGCUUAUAGUAGAUAAUAUCCAUUUUUCGUGUUACCGGCAUGGUGCGGGUUGUUGUUAUCACUUAUCAGAUAAUCUCUGCUCAGGGGAAUUGUCAAUAAGGUUCAGAUAUAGUUUAGAUAUAGUUUAUAAAGGAUACUCAAUCUUAUUUUUCCAAAUUAUCUUUCAUUUUCCUGAAAAUUAUUUUCAACAAUUUAUUGUUUGACUGUAGCAUAUUUUGGCCUGAACUAUGACCAU